AUGGCGAGCACAGCGCACGGGCAGGGCGAGGCUGAGCCCCUGAGGCUCGCGGGGGACGUCCCCGCCGAGCUGGCGGGCGAGGCGGAGGGCACCAGGAAGCCGCACCGAGGCCCUCGCUGGUGGGCCGCGCUGGGGGCCGCUGCGCUGGCCGGCGCGGGCGUCGUCGCGGCGGUUGCGAGGACGAGCGGGCCAGCGGCGGCACCAGUGGGCCAGAAGCUGGUGCGUCUCGAGGAGGCUACCAGUGCGGCCAUCAGUGAAUCUGCCCAGAUCCACUGCGUCUUCCAGGACUUCAAGGCCAAGGCUUUGAGCGGAGGGCACCCCGACUUCGAGCCCGGGUUCUUCCAGAAGAACACCAAGCUGGAGCAGACGGGGCUGGUGCAGAGCAGGCUCCAUCCAAAGACCGGGUUCCCAGUGUGGAAUGACUGCCAGGUCGCGAACGAGAACCUGCCCUGCACGCUCUCAACCCAAUCCAAUUUCGACGAGUGGUGGGCAGGCUCGUCCCGGUCUGUGAGGGUCGAGGUGACGCUGCCGCUGGAGGAGAAGUACGGAGAGUCUGGCGUGUGGGAGAUCAGCCGCCCCAACUUCUUCCCCCUGGACGGAUUGGGGCACAACGACGUCCACGAAUAUCUGCCGCAUAACUACUACUUCACAAUGCGCGCCACCCACACCUUUGUGUACCACGGCGGAGAAUUUUUCAGAUUCAAGGGCGACGACGACCUCUGGGUGUUUUUCAACGAGCGGCUGGCAAUCGACGUUGGGGGUAUGCAUACGCCUAUCGAAAAAAUAGUGGAGCUGGACGCUGUUAAAGAUGACCUUGCUCUCGAGGUUGGGAAGACUGUGGUCCUCGCUAUAUUCUUCGCAGAGCGUGCGUUCUCCGGAUCUAAUUUCAUUAUCGAGACCAACAUUCAGCUCAACCAGGAUGCUUGUUAUGAGUACGACCGAGUGCUCCUCAAGCCGACUAGUGCUCCUCAAGCCGUUAAUUCGUUGCCGAACGCUCUUAGCUGGGAGGGCGUCGCGGUGUCUGGAGGCCUAGAUAUGGGCAUCAGCGUCACGUUCAGCUUCAAGUGCGAGGGCGAUUGCGAUACCAAUCAGCCCGCUUCCACUGGGCACUUUGCGUUCGUUUCCCUCGAGUACGACAAAACCAUGCCGCUCAGCAUCGAGAUCGCGAACACAGAUGGCUCCGAGCUGGUGCUCCCGGAGCUCUACAUUACCUUCUACGACCUGGAGGACGGCAUGGCCGUCGAGGCCGAGGGCGUCAACGAGUACACCAUGAUGACGGACAGCUACAUCCAGUACGAGAAGAUGGGGACGCUCGACACUUUCGCAUCUUCUGCGCCCGCGGGCAUGACGCUGGCCACCUACCCCGACGAGCUGACGGAGGAGAUGAAGAAACUGGCAGUGAGCAUCAAGUUCACCGACCUAGAGAAGGCGAAGGUCACGCUCAAGAACUUCAGGGACGACGGACAGGCCGCCCGCUUCAAGUUCACCCUUGCUCCGAUGUUCAAGUGCGUCCCCUGCUUCCCGGCGUGCGAGGCAAACGUGCCGGUGGCUGCGACCAGGACCACGACCACAACCACGUUGACGACGGCGACGCUGGAGCCUGGUGCCGAGGUUCACGCCGCCAGCGCGGAAGAGGAGGCGUACCAGUGCUGCGUGUUCGACCACUUUGGGAUUAGUCUCGGGUGCUUCGCGGAUAAGCAGUGGUGGAUGCCAUGGUGCCCUGGCGAGGUCGUGUAUCCGUGGGCGAGCUGGCGCUAG